CUCGACCAGCCCAGCAGCGUCAAUCCCCUCAAUCCACCCCACCGCCACCAUGGGUAAAUCCUCCAAAGACAAGCGCGAUGCCUACUACCGUCUGGCCAAGGAGCAAAACUGGCGCGCCCGGUCCGCCUUCAAACUCAUCCAAAUCGACGAGCAAUUCGAUCUAUUCGAGCACGAGAACCCCGAGAAAGUGACCCGUGUCGUCGAUCUCUGCGCCGCCCCGGGCAGUUGGAGUCAAGUCCUGAGUCGCGUGCUCAUCAAGGGCGAGAGUUUUGGUCGUCGCGCCUGGGUCGAGAAGAAGCGCAAAGAACGGGAAGCCCUCGAGCGAGUUCAAAAUGGCGAUACCACCACCAUCCCCGCCAACGAAGACACCGACAUGGCCGAGCUGAAGCCCCGAAAGAACGUCAAGAUCGUCUCCAUUGACCUGCAGCCCAUGGCACCCCUCGAGGGAAUCACCACCCUCAAAGCCGACAUCACUCACCCCUCCACCAUCCCUCUUCUCCUGCGCGCUCUGGACCCCGAAGCCUACGACUCCACCACCUCGUCCUCUCCCUCCGCCGUCCGACCCCCCCACCCCGUCGACCUGGUGAUCUCCGACGGCGCCCCCGACGUAACCGGUCUCCACGAUCUCGACAUCUACAUCCAGUCCCAAUUACUCUACUCCGCCCUGAACCUCGCCCUGGGCGUCCUCCGCCCCGGCGGCAAAUUCGUCGCCAAGAUCUUCCGCGGCCGGGACGUCGAUCUCCUGUACGCGCAACUCCGGACCGUCUUCGAGAAAGUCAGCGUCGCAAAGCCCCGAAGCAGUCGCGCCAGUAGUCUGGAAGCCUUCGUCGUCUGCGAGGGAUUCAUCCCGCCCUCCAUCCACGACGGAACCGACGCCCUCAAGAACCCCGUCUUCGGCGGCGUGGCUGUCCGGCCGCCCGUUUCCGCCGACGGCAACGUCGCCGUCGAGGUCCGCGAGGACAACAAUGAAACAGAGUCCAUCAAGGUGACGCAUCUCCCUCCCGCAGCAACGACAUUGGCUACGGACUCAACUCAAACUCAACCACGACUGCUCCACGCCGACUCCUUGGCCUCCGUCACGCCCGUACCCCUGGCCUAUAAGCCGCUUUCUGAGAAAUUCGCCGUCGAGAACAGGUGGAUCCCACGGUUUAUUGCGUGUGGUGAUCUCUCGGCGUGGGAUUCCGAUGCUUCGUACACGCUGCCUCCGGAUCAUGUCAGUUUGGAUCCGGUUCAGCCGCCCACUGCGCCGCCGUAUCGGCGGGCUUUGGAGCUGAGGAAGGAGAAGGGUGGUGCGUAUGGAAAGACCAAGUUGGGUAGUAUGGGACGUGCAUGAGAGAUAGACAGAGAUGUGAUAUUACUGCGUUUUGGAAUAUUGGCGUAUAAAGAUAUCUUCUUGUUCAUAUUAGUUAUGGUUACGAAUUUUUGUGUCAGUGUCAGUUUGGCGGGAAAAGUUGGAUGUGCUUAGAAUUGGCUGCUAGAUGGAAAGUGAGGGGUACGGAGGUCUAGAUGGAUAGAGCAGAUACCCAUAGAAUUACGAUAGAUGAUGAUACAAAAGAGUGAAGGCAGUG